UGUUGAAGCACUGGACAGUGCUUACAAAUUGAUCAAAUCAGCUAAUGAUGGGAAAUCAGCCCUUGACGCCUUGGAGAGUUUCUCUUUUGACUUGUAUGUUAUGUGUGCAGAACAGGCUUAUAAGAUGGGUUUUCUGGACAUGAGCAAUGACUGUCUACGAAUGUAUUUUAAAGGAAAACCUCCAGUUAACCAGUUUUUGGGUAGAGCAUAUUUGUGCAAGAGCCAAUUAUAUACCCCUGUGUCUACUGAUAAUUUGGAACAAUUUGACAAAUUCAUUGUACAUUUGCUGAAAGUAGUUGACUUUGCGUUAGGUAACGCAAGGUACUAUUUUUUGAUACAUAAUGCUUCGGUUAUGUACUGGAGGAUUGUAAGGCCAUUUCUUAAACCUGGGUUCCGCCACUAUCUUAUUCCAAGCCUCUAUCAGAUUGUGCCUGCACUGAAGCAUCCCACUGAGCAAGAUAACGACUGGACUGCAGAACUGAUGAUAGAGUUGCUUGAGUGUUUCCUGGAUGCUAACAGAACACAAGAAGCUAUAGAAUUUUCGUCAACUGCAGCAGCGUUUAUUAAAGAAUAUGUUCCAGGGAGAUAUAAACAAAUAUUUUCAAUAAUGGUGCGUUACAAACUAAUGGAAGUUUUAGAUAUAGAAGACGAAGUGGAAAGUUCCGCCAAUCUGAACAUUAUUUAUAAAAUCCAAACAAUCAAGUUGCAGUUAGAUAAAAAUGAAAUUCCUCAAGACGUUGAUACAGAGUUGAAAACAAUAUACGGAAUUUUGAAAGGAUCCAGAAGGAAAUUAAACCGUAAAGAUAGAAUUUCCUUGCUGCUGGAAAUGGCUCGACUUUGCUUGAAACUAAAUUGUAUACCUAUUGCGUCUUUAUGUUUAAGCGACCUGUUCAAAUAUAAGAUUACCGAUCCAGCAAGAGAAAUUGAACUGGACUGCUUGGAAUGUGAUUGCGAAGUCCAGAAACUUGGGCCUAGAAUUGCAACUUAUGCUAAAAGUGUUGUUGAGGCUCAGCUAAAAACAAUACAGAAACUUGACCUAAUUUUGAAUCGUGCCAUUCGACUGAAGGACCCUAACGUUAUUCAGGCGGUAUGUGCUACCCUGUGGAAUACCUGCUUACCAUUACUGCAGCACAACUUGCAACAGCAUGUCCGAAGACCAUUGCUAGCUAUUGCUGAAAUCCUAGAGAAAAUUGACAGCAUGUUGAUUUUGUUACGUUGCCAAGUUCAUAUGGAAAUUGCCCGCAUUGAAGAAAAUGGAGACAGAAUAGAGGCUGCCAUGGAACAUUUGCAGAAGGCGAUUUAUCUUGAUAACAAGGGGCUGUAUCAUGAAUACCUUAAAAUGGCUUUCAAUCGGCUUAGUUUAAAUACAAUGUUAUACCAGCCCCUGGAGCGUCUAGAAGACCAAGCAAGCUUGAUGAUUGAACAGGCUAAAAAAGGGACUCAAAAGGCUAGUGUGAGGAAAAAACGGUCUCUGUUGGUGAAUGCUGGCCAUGCACUUGCUCCUGAGGCAUUUCAGAUUGUCCUUGAUAGUGAAAAUGAAGUUAAAGUUGCUUCAAGUAAAAGUAAGGGUCCAAUUGGCUAUCUCUGUGCAAAAGCAGAGCACCACUCCAGAAAUGUGGAGAAAGCAGAUGGGCAUUUGAAGAGAAUAGGACGCGAAAACGAAAAAGAGCGAAUCAGACUUUGGUCAGAAAUCGCAAAAACAGCACGGAAACAAUGUGUGUGGGAUGUGUGUCGGGCUGCGUGUAGAUUCUGUCUCUUGUAUGAUGGCAAUCAAGCGAAGGUGUCAAAACGCAAGAAGUUAUUCAAGAAAAAAGCAAGUAUUAUUAUGGCAGAUGAGGAACAGGAAGCAAAUGUGCAAAGAGAAUUACCGGCACCUUCACCCACCAAAUGCUUCUCUUUAGAAAGAGAUUUAUUAAGAACUUUAGCAGAAGUAAGAUUCAUUAAUGCAGAGGCUACUAUUCAGUUAUUAAGAACGGAAGGUGUCCAGCUGAAUGACCAUGCGGUUGUCCCUGUAGAUACGAGUUUGCACUCUGCAGGACAUGCUAUGCACAAAGCACAAACUGAGAAUGAAUCAGAAUGGAAGACGUACAGCUCCUGGAUUGACCGCUUGUCUCAGUAUGCUAUGGAAAACUUUCUACGGGCUGCCAAAAUUGGAGAAGAGUUAAAUGAAGCAUGGAUUGUACAUAACACUGUAGUGUAUGUCUUAAAUCACAAUAAACACCUUAUUGCUGCAAAAAGACAAAGAGAACUUGUGGAAUCCCUGCAUACUCUUUUCAGUGCAGUUAGGAAUAUUGGACAUUUUGGGAAUACUACUAUUUUGGUGACAUUAUGUAACGCUCUGGCUCGGGGCCUAAUUCUUCCUUGGAUCCCAAAGCCUAUUUCCAAACCUGAUGAAAAGAAAGUUCCGGAAGAAGGGCCCACCAAACGUAGAAAGGCUGCUCCAAAAGUAUCAACGCUAUCUACCGCGCCAGUGUUAUCUGUGGAUCCAGCUGGGAUCCAUGAUAUUAAAGCAGCCAUAGAGGUUUGUGAAUUUGCUAUGCAUUUGCCAAAUGGGAGUGUACCUGAUGAGCCGGUACCUGCUGCUAUGCGUCAACAGGUCGUUGCUACUUGGGUGAAAGCCAAACAGCUAGUUCAGCAUCAGAUUGGGAAGUGGCUUGGAGUCGAUGACGAGGGUAAUGAAGAGGGGUUCAAUCCCAUGGCAAAAGUUUUUAUUGGUCUGGAAAUGUACUCAUGCAAUGGUUUGGGUCUCAUGGAGUUUUCGCUUCCAAACCUCUCUCAUUUGGUGAAAAUGGCUUUGGAGUGCAAUUGGUCAGACUCACUAGUGGAACUUCAGACAAUGACCAGACUUGCACAUUUUGCACACACCAUCCAUGAUCAUGAAGUGGUGAUGACUUGCUCUCAGAAGGCUUUGGAAUUAGAUGAUAAAGCAGCAUACAACACUGAUGCAAAGAAAAAGGCAAUGAGCGAUUAUGCGGAGAGGCAGGGAAUGCUAAGCAUUGCUGCUUGUACACAAGGGAAGAGUAUGAUGGAAAAUUUGGCUGGGAAGAAACAUAUGCGUUUGGCGGCAUCAAAAUUCUUUGUUGAAAGUGCAAGGUAUGCAGGAGAAGCUGGGGAUACUUCUCUUGCUAUGAUAGCAGCUAGACACUUCUGGAAUGGCUGCUUACCCUUCAUUGGUUCCUCAGCGGAUAGACAGCAGCUCAAGAAGCCCACUGAAGUCAUUAUCAAGAGCAUCAAUAAAGCAUCAGAAGCCAAAAAUAAGCAGGACAUGGAGCAUAUGUUACACUUGCAUCAGUGGCCUACAACAGACUUUCAAAGCAGUAGUUUCUCAGAUGGGCAUUCAGGUGCUGAUGACGAUUUGACCUUAAGGACGUUCUUAUAUAUAUUACUGUUCCAAGUAUAUGCUGAUAAAUACGACUGGGAGGCAGGCCUCAAAGUCUUAGAAGAAGCUAAUCAGAUGCUCCCUCGAACUAAGCACAGACUCCCAAUAUUUAAACAGAUGGUAAUGGUGAAGGCCAGACUUGGGCGUAACUAUAUAAUGGAAAUUCAGAAAUUCAGAGAUGAAAGUGAAGACUACAUGUCAGAUAUGUGGCAUCGUCUGGCGUCUGUGUCGUCAGAUCUUGUGGGACAGUUGUCUUGCUACCAAAAUGCAAUUGAAGUUUUACAGAAAAAAGAAAAUGCGUUAAAGAAAGUUGAUAAUCUAAUAGCAUUUGCAGAAUGGCUGUACAGCAAUCAGUUUCCUCUUAGUGAAGCUAUUAAACACCUGGACUGGGCAGUAUAUAUAUUACUGUACCUGAAACCUCUCCGAAAAAGCCCUGAAGAAGAAGAUUUCAAUGACCGAAUUGCCAUUGAGGAUUUCAGAAGUAUAAAGCAGUUAGAAGCUUUGUUUAGAGCUCAUACGGUAAUGGCAGUCAUUUCCGGACAUAGUUCGCCUUUUCAUGAGCAGCACUGUUUGAUGGCAUAUGCUUUUGUGAUGCGCAUUUGGCAGGUGUCACUGGCAGCAGCAGGAACCUUUUUAAAGACAAUGGGCAAAGUUUCACCAUCUCAGCAAACGAGUCCCAAAUCGAAAGGCAAAAAAGAUGCAAAACAAAACAAAGAUGCAAAACAACCUUCUUCACCAACAAGCCCUCCUAAAAAAGACAAAUCUUCAAAAGAUGCUAAACAGGCACAGUCGGCCAAAGACAAAGCAAAGAAGAAAGGGCCAAGUGAAGCCUUGCCCGCGAAUGUGGAGGAGUGGGCUAGCUAUGAAUGUCCUGAUGAAAUUAGAGAUGCAUUUAAACAGGACUCAAGUGGCUGUGCUAUGAACAGGGAAACCAUUUUGGCACCUACACGUACCUUAUACUACCUAGACCUUUUAGUUAAGGAGCUACAGGCAAUUUUAUGUACUCACUUGACUGUUCCGGUUCUUCAUCUGGCUGAGAUCAUUUCUCGUGAUGUCGUAGAAAGCAAAAGUCUGUCAGAUCUCUACCAUCUUCGACUCUCCAGGAUAUGUUUAGAUUUAAAAUUGUGCCAAGCAUCAUUUAAUCAUGAGAAGGCAGUGGGUGAAGUAUACAUUAAUGAAAUGGAACAAGGAAGGUUUAGACAAGAGAUAGCAUUUAAAAAGGAGAAUGCCAUACAGAACAGGCUGAAAGAAACCAGAUUUGCCAGUAUAAAGCCAUCUGAUAAUAGUAAAAAAUUGCUUACUGCAAAAGAUAAGAUUUUGGAACUGAACCCUGUGACUGAAAAGGGAUUAAGUGGGCUUUCUUUCCCCUACUUGUGGAUAGACAAAGCUGAAGUCCUCAUGCAAUUAGGUUUAUAUCAGCCAGCAAGGCUACUACUUGCAGAAGCACACCAUGCAACUCAGGAAAUGAAUGACUUCUGUACUGUAUCACGGUGCCUUUAUCUUCUAGCUGUGCUAGCUAACUUGGAACAAAAACAUGGACAAGCUAAAGAACUGCUCGAGAAGGCACAAUUGAUAGGUGGAAAUGAGAAAUUUUGGCUGAAUAGCACUUUGUGUCUCACAGAUGCAAUUUUAGGGGAAGAUGAGGAAAGAAAAGAUAAAAUGCUACAGUCUGGCCAUUUUCUGCAGAGAACUGUAAAUGCAUUGAAACCAUUAUUGCUGGGAAGACCCAACAGAGAAGCUGAGUUGGGUAUUAUAAUCUCAUUCCUUGAAGCCAGGAAAGCAUAUAUUCAUGUAGAGUUUGGUCAAGACUUCAUCAAUGCUAGUAGUCAUCCUAAUGACUUAGCAAGAUUGUUGCUGGAGCCAUAUGAUAAAUUAGUUCACAUCGAGAAGGACUUCCUUUCUUACCGGUAUAAAGAUCGUAGUACUGAGGUUUUGCUGGUACGUGCAAAUAUUCACAGGAUUCUCGGAAAACAUGCAGUAUACAAGGUAGACAAGCAGAGUCAUUACCUGGAUGCUUACAGGUUAGCUCAAGAAGCAGUAUCACAAAUGGAAGAGCUUUUUCGAUAUAUUAAUAAUGUGAUUCCAGUUAAUGAGACUAAAAAUAUAAACACUCCCUUGAUGAGAAGACUGGCUAGCAUGAAGAUGACACUUAUAGAGAUCAUUUUGGAUAUUUUUGUUCUCAUCAAUAUUGAGAAAAAAAAGAAAGAGGCCAAAGCAGACCAGAUUGAGCAGAUUAUCGAGGAUUUUGUGAGGUUUACGCCUGAUGUUGCUUCUGUUGAGCAGGCAUGGCUAAAACUCAGCCACACAAUUGGCCAUAAUGCCCAGGCUCAGCUAACAAGCCUACAGAGUCUUUAUAUUGGCUGUCCUGAUAUCAGAGCCAAGUACCUCUAUCUCACUGGGAAGUGUUUGCGUUUAAUGGCUGAUCACACAAACCCCAUCUUUACAGAUGUUCAUUGGAGUGAAAAGGCAGCGGAGGAACCUAAACCUGUCCUUGAGAAAUCCCCCUCACCAGAUUCAGAAGCAAAAUGUGAUGAAAGUGAAACACCAACUCCGGGUUUGCAACUUACCAAAAAACAGCUUGAUGAUUACAGGAGGAAAGCAAGUGAAUUAAGGAGGAAACAGACUUGGACCCAAAGAUACCUGUUUCAGUCAACGGAGGUUUUGCUACAGAGCAUUAAUGUUGCAAUGAAUAAUAACAUGAUUGAUAUCCUGGCUGCUGCUAGCUUGGAAAUGGUGGAGUGCUUUGGACGAUAUGACUCCGUUUCAGCAAGCCAGUUUUUGGCCCUUUAUCAGAGCUGUUCAGUAUCAUUGAUGAUGAAAAACAUCCUGCUAGCAGCUACACUGAACACCAGCAAAUCACAGCUGGCAGCGAUGCUGCAUCUGCAGCACCACUUGCAACAAAAAGGAGAUGUUACAUGCAGUCUUCUAAAAAAUGUGGAGCACAGGUUGGCUGCAAUCUCAAAGGCAUGGGGAAAUCUUACCAUUUCUCCACAACACUUUAACAUCAUGAAUGAAUUACCACCAAAUUUUCAUGUAAUGAUUCUUCAGCAUUCAGAAGACAGAUCUUUCUUGUAUGGUGCGCUACUUGAGAAAGUGAAAUUGACCAAUGCAAAGGAACAAAAGGACCACAAGGAAAAGGGUGGACAGCAGAAGGAAAAGAGCGGGCAGCAGAAGGAGAAGAGUGGGCAACAAAAGGGAAAAACUAAUCAGCCAACUUUGCAGGCAAAAAUUGUGCGAUCCCAGGUGAAUUCUAAUACUUUGAUGAAUUUGCUGGAGAAGGUAAAGGUUUUGAAAAAUGAAAGGAUGAGGAGUCUUCGGAGACAACCAUCACCAGAGAGAAGCCAUGAAGACAAAAAUGAGUUUCAAAAACUGCAAGAAUCAGUCAUCAAAGUAGAAACAGGAAGAAAAAAUACUGUAAGAACUGCACUUGUUCAUAUUGGUGUUUUCACACCUGAUGAAGCAGAACGUGAAGAUGAAGAACAUUUUAUAGCAGAAUUCCAGGCUAUCAUGAAAGAAAUAGAAGAAUAUCUGAAACCUGUAUUGUCACAAUUUGAUUUCUCUGAACUGAGGCCAAGUCCAGCAGUCUCUCCAGCUGAUUCAGGAAAAGGUAAAGGUGACUCAGGUAAAACUAAGGCAGGUGACUCAGGAAAAGGCAAAAAAGGUAGUCCAGGAAAAACUAAAGCAGAUGGCUCAGGAAAAGGCAAAGCAAGUGAGGCAGGGAAAGCAAAAACUAAAAAUAAGGAGAAAGCCGCUACAGCUCCAGCUGGCAUUGAAGAUAUAGGAGAAUGCAUAAUACUACUGGUGGACAAAUGUCUUUUGGAAUUUCCUUUGGAAGGUCUGAAUAUCUUUCAAGAAAAGACAAUAAGUUCUGUGUCCAGAGACUUUUCACUCCAAAUGUUCUACAACCGCUUGCAUAAAGAUGAAUCAGAAAAUGAGUUCAAAAAGGAUGCGAAAAAAGAAUCAAGACCAAAAGGUGAACAGAAAAGGGGUAUGAAAGUGCCUAACCUUAACCGUGUUCUGCCACCCAACUGCCUUCCAAUUGAUAUACAUAAUGUUAAAUAUGUUGUGGAUCCAUAUAAUGAUGUAACAGAAAGAGAAUCGGAUAAUCCUGCACAAAAAUUUAAGACACUCCUAGAGAAAUUUGAGCCGUUUACACUCCGUUGGGAUGGAAUUAUGGGUAACACGCAAUUUGCAAGUCAAGCAGACUGGGAACACUUACUGAAUAACUGCAGUGCGUUUAUCUUCUCUGGACUGGCAAGAUUUCUCUUAUAUACAUUACUUGAAAGAUUAGUUGCUAUGAAUAUCCCAGAGUGUCAGUUGGUGAUACUUUCAGACCUCGUGCAUUCAAAACCAAGUACUGCACGAGUCAUAAACCUCGAUGGGUUUAAAAGCUCUGCACGCCUCUCUCUGGAAAAGCCAACAGAGACAACAAUCGUUCUGAGCCUUGCUGGAGUGCGUUCUGUCAUAGCUAACCAAUGGUAUACGACCCUGGAAGAGAAUGCAACAAAAAUGGAAAGCUUAUGUGAAAAUUUUAUCAAAGUAGGCAAGACAACUGGACAGGCUGUUCGUUUUCUUCAAAGGAGUAAGAGUGCUGUGGAUGAACCUACUAAAACGGAGCUGGAUGCCCCUGAGGACAAGAAAGAAGACCAGAGAGAAAGUCCCGGUGGGCUAGUGCAUCCUGCCCCACAGCCAUCAGCUCUUAAUACCGUUUUAUAUGGGCUGCCCAACAUGAUGUUUGUGUGAUUCACAACCAAUUUCUUUAUGAAAUAUGGAAAUAUGGAGAUCUAAAUAUGGUUAGAUUGUGAAGUAAAACUAUUUUUUGCUGUAGUUUGAUAAAAAUAAGAGUUUAUAAAAGUUUGAGCUGUGCUUAGUGGCUCUUUUGAAUUUAAAUAGUGGUAUUUAGAUAUGUAUCCAAGGUUUUUUGCUAUUGAACAUUUCUCAUUUGCUCAGGACUUUUCACUGCAGAUUUUGAGGCCUGUUUUCCCCCUUAUGUGUACUCAGAAGCUAAAUUGCGUGUGUGACACUACUACAUGCCGCCAUAGUACUAUUAGCUGUACAAAUGGCACUAUACUGACACCUAGUGAUCACAACAGUGCAUUUCAAAACAAGUUUAGUAUGCUAACCUAGGAGGGAAAGCACUCGUUUGUUCCAGUUUUGUAUAAAACAGAAGCAUGCCACUUCAGUAACCUUUCGUACAACCAUCUAUAUUGACAGUAGCAGACCGACUGUGUAAAUAUCAUGUAUGUGAGGUUACAAAUAAAGUGUGCUUGUUGGGUUUA